GUGAGACAACGGAAUAUCAACAAAUUAAAAAAGAAACACCUGAAGAUUUUAUUACGACAGAGCUAGAAGAAGGAGGAAUCCUUUUAAACAAUCAGUUGUUUAAGGAUAAAUAUGAACAUAUUAAACUUGAACAGCAAAUAAAAACUGAAUUAGUCAUUAGGGAUGAAAUAUUUGGUGAAAAUGAAGGUGAAGUUGGAGAUGGAGAGUUUAUUAUGAAACAGCAAUUAAAUGAACAAGAACGAAUUUUUACCGGAGAAAAAUGUUUUUUAUGCAAAAUUUGUGGUAAAACAUUUAAUCGACAAAGUAGCUUAAGUCGACACAAUCAAACUCAUACCGAUAAAAAACAUUUUCCAUGUGAAGUAUGUGACAAAAUAUUUACUGUACAAAGUAAGUUAAUUAAUCACUUACGAACUCAUACUGGAGAAAAACCUUUUGCUUGUGAUAAUUGUGAUAAAACAUUUAGUGUGAAGAAUAAUUUAAUUUUACAUAUUAAACGAAUUCAUACCGGUGAAAAACCUUUUUCUUGUGAAAUUUGUGAUAAAGCAUUUACUUCGAAAUAUAAUAUGAACCAACAUAAACGAACCCACACAGGAGAAAAACCUUUUUCAUGUGACGCUUGUGAUAAAACAUUUGCUCAGUGGGUCAGUUUAAUUCAACAUAAACGAACUCACACUGGAGAAAAACCUUUUUCAUGUGAAUUUUGUGAUAAAAUAUUUACUCUACAAGGUAGUUUAAUCAAGCAUACACGAACUCAUACUGGGGAAAAACCUUUUUCUUGUGAUAAUUGUGAUAAAACAUUUGCUGUGAAGGGUAAUUUAAUUUCACAUAUUAAAUAUAUUCAUACCGGAGAAAAAUCUUUUUCUUGUGAAGUUUGUUAUAAAACAUUUACUUCGAAACAGAAGAUGAAUGAACACAAACGAACUCACAGCGGAGAAAAACCUUUUUCAUGUGAUGCUUGUGAUAAAACAUUUGCCGUGAGGGGUAAUUUAAUUUCACAUAUGAAACGAAUUCAUACCGGAGAAAAGCCUUUUACUUGUGAAGUUUGUUAUAAAACAUUUAUUUCCAAAUAUAGUAUGAAUCUACAUAAACGAACUCAUACUGGGGAAAAACCAUUCUCAUGUGAGGUGUGUGAAAAAAAAUUUCCUCGACAAAGCAGUUUAGAUUUACAUAAACGACUUCAUACAGGUGAAAAACCUUUUUCUUGUGAAUAUUGUGAUAAAACAUUUACUUUAAAACAUUAUUUAACACUGCAUAAACGCACUCACAAACUAUAA